AUGGGCCUAAAUCGUUUUUAUUGGUCACACGCCAUAAAGAAAAAUAUCAAAACAGGUUUUAGUCAUUUCGUUUUAUCUUUGUAUUUUCGGAAUAUUAAUCGUUUUUACUUCCUUGGAUUUCAUAUUAUUAUUAUUAUUAUUAUUAUUAUUAUUAUUAUUAUUAUUAUUAUUAUCUCUUUUUCUGUUUUCUGUCUAUUCUUUUUUUCACUUUCAAUUCUUGAAUCACAUUCUUUCUCUAAUCAUUCGCUUCUCUUUCACAUUUUUCUCUUUCAACAUUUGAUUUUUCUUUUUCCUUUCUUUCUCUCAUUCAUUUUGUCUCUCCUUCCUUUCCAUCAUUUUUCCAUCAUCUCUCUCACAUCUUACUUUCGAUCUCUCUUUCUCCGUCUUUUUCUAUUCCUUUCCCUUUCUUUCUUGCUCUCUAGACCUUCUUUUCUCUUUCUUCCUUACAACCGCUUUCUCACCUCUUUUCUCUUUUCCCGCUCUCUCAAAUCAUUUUUUUUUCUAUUCGCUCUGUUUUCUUUUUUUCUUUCAUCAAUAUGUCAUUCGAUAGUUCUUUCUUUCAUUUUUGUCGUUCUUUUUUUUUCAUCUUCUUUCAAUCAAUGCGUCUCUCUCAUAAACCUUAAGUUGUUUUGCCUCUGA